GUUAUCGACCCAGUGGCGCCCAGAUACACAGCCCUGUCAGGAUCCUACUCCGUCCCUGUCGUCAUCCCCGAAGCACCAGAGGAGAUGAAGAAGGCCGUCAAACACCCCAAGGUAAAUAAAUUGGUCAUUUAGCAGACGCUCUUAUCCAGAGCGACUUACAGGAGCAAUUAGGGUUAAGUGCCUUGCUCAAGGGCACAUCGACAGAUUUUUCACCUAGUCGGCUCUGGGAUUAGAACUAGCGACCUUUCGGUUACUGGCACAACGCUCUUAACCACUAAGCUACCUGCCGCCCCUAGGUACAUUGUGUUGGCAAGGUACAUUGAUGUCUAUUAUUUGCACUCUUGUCUCUGGAAUGGCAAGCUAUUCCCUACGAUGUGCACUCCUAUACUACCAAAGCCUGGCCAAAAGUAGAGCAUGAUAUAGGGAUUAGGGUAACAUAUUGGACACACCCUGACUAGAUAGAAGUAUUGCACUCUUAUCUAGUGUUCAGCAGCCAAAGCAUGAUGUGUAUAUUACUCUGACAAUGCUAAAAUGGAUAGUUCCCCCCACAAGUAAAGUUGAGGAUAUGUGAUGAGUAGUAAAUAAUCAACCAACUAAAUCUUGCCCAAAUGAAUAGCCUAACCGAGGGGUUUUAAAACUGCAGUCCACAAUUGUAUUUGUGACUCGUUUCAGGAAACGAAGUGUAUGUCACGCAUCUCUACCUAACAGGAGAGCCAUUUGAACAUAAACUUUUUUGACAGAAAUGCCUUCUGGUACAUGUCAACUUUCAUGUGCCUUAAUAACAAACUUGUAUACCAUCUGUAAAUACAAUUGUUAAAUUACGAGCCUAAUUGGUUUAGCCACAGAAAAAGACAGCAACUGAGUGGCGCAGCAAUCUAAGGCACUGCAUCAGUGCUAGAGGCGUCACUACAGACCCUGGUUCGAUUCCAGGCUUUAUCACAAUCAUGCCGUGAUUGGGAGUUCCAUAGGGCGCCGCACAAUUGGCCCAGCGUCGUCCGGGUUUGGCCGGGGUAGGCCGUCAAUUAAUGUAGGAGAAUAUAAUACGCACGUUUGCUCAACAGUCCCGUAUAUGGGACACCAAUCCCGUAGAGGUUAACUGACUUGCCUAGUUAAAUAAAGGUUAAAAAAAAUAACCUUCACGCUAGCCAUGAUUGGCUAAGAUAAUGAAUGGGCUGGACAUGCCGAGAGAUUAGUUCGGAUUGGUCUGCCAUGUAGCACGCUUCUGUCUAUUUGAGCUGGUCAGUAUGUGUAGGUAAUCCUUUCGAAAUCUGCUUUUUUAAAAAUAUAUCACAUAGUAGAACUGCAUAUGGACCGAGUUUUGACAUCAGUGGAGUUAGAGUAUGAUAGCCCUGUCUCCGGAUUACAUCUUCAAACUAAGGGCAACCAUGGCAUCCGUGACAGAGAGGGAGAAGCAUCCAUCCAUGUAGACAGGUAAGAUAGUCUAGCUAGCUACAUUUUCAGAUAAUACACGUUUCUAUUUUUGUCAGUCGUUUUCAUUUCAAGUUAAAGUGUACUGUUAGCUAACUAGCUAACGUUAGCUGGCUGGCUCGCUAGCUAACGGUACGUGUAUGAUCUGUGUAGGAAUAUUAUUCGUGUCUCAGAGCCAUUUGCUUUGCUAGUUACAGCCUAAUGUUAGCUAGCUAACAUUGAACCUGGUUGGUUAGCUACCAGCAGGUUCAUGCAGAGUAGUAACGUCAUGAGUUGGGAUUAUGGUUCAUUGUUUAGCUAGCUAGCUACAUGUCUUAACAGAAGACUGUAUGCAAGUAACCAUUUCAAUAGAUUGUUAAUGAUGUCACUGCGACAACUGUUGAUAGACGAAGCUGGUAAAUUCGCUCUGGCUAUCUACUCCGAUUUCAGAGCACUCUCGUCUGAGUGUGCCAGAGCGCAGAAUAACUGACGAAUUUACAAACGCUCAACACCCGUUGAAUAUGGCCGGUGUCAGUAAACGUUGGCAAAAAAGCAUAAUUAAAUUGUUGCCAGCAGCACAAUUGCAGUCACUAACACUCUGGAUAACAUAAAAACAGCAUAACCACCUCUGCAAGCACGCGUAAAAUGGUCAGAGUGAGCUGUUCUCUCAUUUGUGUCUGGAAGUAGCUAGCCAAUGUUAGCCAGUUAGCUUGGGUGCUUGACUGCUGCUGUUAGGACAGAACGCUCGGAUCAACCCUCAGCCAGAGAGUCCAGUGUGCGCUCUGAACGCUCUGAGAGUGAAACGCUCUAAAUUUACGGACGGACAAUCCUGACAACGCUCUGAGAUUACGAACGCCCAGAACACACACUGGCACUCCAGAUUAAUUUACGAACACACCCGUAGUAUAAAUCAGCCUUUCGUCUUGAAAUCUUUGGUAGUUUAGUACAUAGCCUCACAUGUGAAUCCUUAAAGAGAUGGGUGGGGCUAAAGCUUAAAAGGGUGUGAAUGAUGCUGAAUGGGUGUAGACAAAGAAGAGCUCUCAAGUAGGUACCAAAACAUGAAUGGGCCAUUUUCUCAAAAGUGAGGUUACAAGUUUAUCAACUUUAAAGCAGAAUUACUUUCCAAUUGUUCCUCAUCUGUAGUGUAUGAUAUACCGUUUUCUAUUCUCUACUUUUAUCCAAUGUAAAAAAACACAAUUUCAAAUUUUCCUACAUAAGAUAGAAUCGAGCCGGUCGGUCACAUUUUUUUAUUUUUAUGUGUAGAAUAAUUAUUUGAUAAAAAUUGUUAGCUACAACAGAAUACCAUCGUGGAUACAAUUUUUAUGUCUCUGUGUCCUAUAUGAAGAAAGUUGGAUGUCGUUUCAUGAGCUAAUGAUAACCAGCACAACAACUGGAAGUCUACAGGAACAGUUAGCAUGCAAGCUGGUCCUGUUCAUCUGACUCUGGGGAGGUAGAUAAAUGGCUUCAUUGCUAAAAUCUCUAACUAUCCCUUUAAUAUGAGGAAAUUAGUCAUUGUCGCUAAUUACAGUUUUUUAAGUGGACAUUUUCGGGAUGGAAAUGUAAUGACCAAAACCAGAUAGGAAGCAUGCAGAACAUACAGGUAAAAGUCAGUAAAUUAGAAUAUUUUGAAAAACUUGAUUUAUUUCAGUAAUUGCAUUCAAAAGGUGUAACUUGUACAUUAUAUUUAUUCAUUGCACACAGACUGAUGCAUUCAAAUGUUUAUUUCAUUUAAUUUUGAUGAUUUGAAGUGGCAACAAAUGAAAAUCCAAAAUUCCGUGUGUCACAAAAUUAGAAUAUUACUUAAGGCUAAUACAAAAAAGGGAUUUUUUAGAAAUGUUGGCCAACUGAAAAGUAUGAAAAUGAAAAAUAUGAGCAUGUACAAUACUCAAUACUUGGUUGGAGCUCCUUUUGCCUCAAUUACUGCAUUAAUGCGGCGUGGCAUGGAGUCGAUGAGUUUCUGGCACUGCUCAGGUGUUAUGAGAGCCCAGGUUGCUCUGAUAGUGGCCUUCAACUCUUCUGCGUUGUUGGGUCUGGCAUUCUGCAUCUUCCUUUUCACAAUACCCCACAGAUUUUCUAUGGGGCUAAGGUCAGGGGAGUUGGCUGGCCAAUUUAGAACAGAAAUACCAUGGUCCGUAAACCAGGCACGGGUAGAUUUUGCGCUGUGUGCAGGCGCCAAGUCCUGUUGGAACCUGAAAUCUCCAUCUCCAUAGAGCAGGUCAGCAGCAGGAAGCAUGAAGUGCUCUAAAACUUGCUGGUAGACGGCUGCGUUGACCCUUGAUAUCAGGAAACAGAGUGGACCGACACCAGCAGAUGACAUGGCACCCCAAACCAUCACUGAUGGUGGAAACUUUACACUAGACUUCAGGCAACGUGGAUCCUGUGCCUCUCCUGUCUUCCUCCAGACUCUGGGACCUCGAUUUCCAAAGGAAAUGCAAAAUUUGCUUUUGUCAGAAAACAUGACUUUAGACCACUCAGCAGCAGUCCAGCUCUUUUUUUCCUUAGCCCAGGUGAGACGCUUUUCGCGCUGUUUCUUGGUCAACAGUGGCUUGACACGAGGUAUGCGGCAGUUGAAACCCAUGUCUUUCAAGCGUCUCUUGGUGGUGGAUCUUGAAGCCCUGACUCCAGCAGCUGUCCACUCCUUGUGAAUCUCCCCCACAUUUUUGAAUGGGUUUUUUUUCACAAUCUUGACUAGGGCGCGGUGAUCCCUAUCGCUUGUACACUUUUUCUGACCACAGUUUUUCCUUCCCUUUGCCUCUCUAUUAAUGUGUUUGGACACAGAGCUCUGAGAACAGCCAGCCUCUUCUGCAAUAACCUUUUGUGUCUUUCCCUCCUUGUGCAAUGUGUCGAUGGUCGCCUUUUGGACAGCUGUCAAAUCUGAAGUCUUCCCCAUGUUUGUGUAGGCUUCAGAACUGGACUGAGAGACCAUUUAAAGCCCUUUGCAGGUGUUUUGAGUUAAUCAGCUGAUUAUUUUGUGGCACCAGGUGUCUUCAAAAUGUAACCCUUACACAAUAUUCUAAUUUUGUGACACACGGAAUUUUGGAUUUUCAUUUGUUGCCACUUCAAAUCAUCAAAAUUAAAUGAAAUAAACAUUUGAAUGCAUCAGUCUGUGUGCAAUGAAUAAAUAUAAUGUACAAGUUACACCUUUUGAAUGCAAUUACUGAAAUAAAUCAAGUUUUUCAAAAUAUUCUAAUUUACUGACUUUUACCUGUAUAUUGAACUAUAUACAGUGCAUUCAGAAAGUUUUCAGACCCCUUGACUUGUUCCAAAUUUUGUUACGUUACAGCCUUAUUCUAAAAUUGAUUUAAAAAAUCCUCAUCAAUCUACACACAAUACCCCAUAAUGACCAAGCAAAAACACGUUUUUAGAAUUCUUUGCAAAUGUAUAUUUAAAAAACUAUAACAUUUACAUAAGUAUUCAGACCCUUUACUCAGUACUUUGUUGAAGCACCUUUGGCAGUGAUUACAGCCUCGAGUCUUCUUGGGUAUGACGCUACAAACUUUUGGCACACAGGAAAACGCUCAUCCAGAGGCAGCGCUGCUAUUGGCCAGGGACUUUAAUGCAGGGAAACUUAAAUCCGUUCUACCUCAUUUCUACCAGCAUGUUAAAUGUGCAACCAUAGGGAAAAAAAACUCUAGACCACCUUUUCGCCCCACACAGAGACGCAUACAAAGCUCUCCCUCGCCCUCCAUUUGGCAAAUCUGACCAUAACUCUAUCCUCCGAGGAAGGCCCUAAAAAUGGUCAAAGACUCCAGCCACCAUAGUCAUAGACUGUUCUCUCUGCUACCACAGACUGUUCUCUGAACUAGUGUAGCCCACAGCCAUAUGACAUAGCCAGAUCAGGGCCUAACAUAAGGACAACUCAUACCUUCAUAUCAUGUUUCUUUAGACCUGUCUAAAGUAAAUAAUGGACUUAUUGUGAUGGUGUAUGCUAUAUUGCAUGGAUUUAUUAGCCUUUUUAAAACAUUUAGAUGUUCCAAAGGUCUGCAUCAGUGGAUUGUAACACUCACUUCUGAGUUCCAAACUGCCUCUAGAAGUAACGUCAGCACAAGAACUGUUGGUUGGGAGCUUCAUGAAAUGGGUUUCCAUUGCCGAGCAGCCGCACACAAGCCUAAGAUCACCAUGCACAGUGCAAAGCGUUGGCUGGAGUGGUGUAAAGCUCGCCGACAUUGGUCUCUGGAGCAGUGGAAACGCGUUCUCUGGAGUGAUGAAUCACGCUUCGCCAUCUGGCAGUCUGACGGACAAAUAAGGAUUUGGCGGAUGCCAGGAGAACGCUACCUGCCCCAAUGCAUAGUGCCAACUGUAAAGUUUGGUGGAGGAGAAAUAAUGGUCUGGGGCUCUUUUUCAUGUUUCCGGCUAGGCCCCUUACUUCCAGUGAAGGGAAAUCUUAACCCUAUAGCAUACAAUUACAUUUUAGACGAUUUUGUGCUUCCAACUUUGUGGUAACAGUUUAGCCCUUUCCUUUUUCAGCAUGACAAGGCCCCCGUGCCCAAAGCUAGGUCCGUACAGAAAUUGUUAGUUGAGAUCGGUGUGUAAGAACUUGACUGGCCUGCACAGGGCCUGACCUCAACCCCAUCGAACACCUUUGGGAUGAAUUGGAACGCCGACUGCGAGUCUGGCCUAAUCGCCCAACAUCACUUCCCGACCUCACUGCCCGACCUCACUAAUGCUCUUGUGGCUGAAUGGAAGCAAGUCCCUGCAGCAAUGUUCCAACAUCUAGUUGAAAACCUUCCCAGAAGAGUGGAGGCUGUUAAAGCAGCAAAGGGGGGACUUUGAAAUGAGAUGUUCGACGAGCAGAUGUCCGCAUACCUUUGGUCAUUUAGUGUGUGUAUAUAAUAGCAUCUUUUGAAAUAAAUCGAGACAGUCAGGGAGAAUUGCAAAUUCCAAAAACCGUCCAUUCAUGCCCAGUGAUUUUGUUAUGUUUGAGUAGAGGAGCACAGCAUUAGCCAUGGCAUAAUGCAUAGAAUUUCAGGAAAUUAGUUUCAAAACUGCACAAUGUUCUUUAUGCUGCCAAGAUACCUUUUCUAGCUAAUAGUCUGUUAGUUCAUUGAAGAGGAAGUGUAAAUUCUGAGUCCAAAUAAUGAAAGCGUCUACCAAAUGUAUUCAUUUUAAAAUGUUGAUUACUUCUACUUGAUAAUAAGACAACAUAUAUGUUUGCUAACAUAUAUAUGAUGGGGGUUGCCGAUUUGCCUCGGCGGCAGUCCCUGGGCAACAAAAGUUUGAAAACCCCUGGCCUAACCAAUAAACCGCCAAACCAUACAAAUAUAGUCAAUCCAACAUAACUCCAGCAACUAAACCUGGCAAAUUUGUAUUUUUUUAACCCUCCCAGAACACAGAGGUGGGUAUGAAGGCGGUGUGGUACGGACCCAGAGUGCUGGUGGAGGGGGCGGAUGCAGAGACCUUCACAGAGGGAGAGACGGUCACCUUCAUCAACUGGGGCAACAUCAUCAUCACCAAGAUCCACAAGUAAGAUUAAUUGAUUUUCGGACCUGCAACUUUUUACAGAAAGUUAAUCAGGAGGGCUUGCCUAGGCAAGUGUUUAUCACGUGUUCACCCAGUCCCAGAAAGCUACAUUAUCAGAGCAGCAGUGAAAUACCAGAUUGAACUAAUCAAGAUCAGUUGAUAAGUUGUACUGUGGCUCUCCAGAAGCUGGGAUCACAACUAGGAUUACUAGCAUAGAUGUCAUAGAUACACCAUGUAGCUGAUCCCUCUCUCUCUGUGUAACUGAUGUAUUCCAUUUAAAAAGUGAAAUGUUACCAAAUGUAGAAUGAAGUAAAUCCAUCUCUCAAUUCCCUAUUAUCCCCUCCACCUCUCUUUAUCUCUGUGUGAUCCAGAGAUGCCAGCGGUAAGGUCACCUCCCUGGAGGGCAAGCUGAACCUGGAGAACAAGGAUUUCAAGAAGACCACCAAGAUCACGUGGCUGGCCGAGACCCCCCGCGCCCCCCUGCUGCCCACAGUCUGUGUCAACUACCAGCACCUCAUCACCAAGCCCGUCAUGGGCAAGGAGGAUGACUUCAAGGAGUACAUUAACAAACAGAGCAAGGUGAGUGUGGAUUGGUCAAGGGUGGGUGUGGGGAUGGGUCAAGCCUGGGGGUGUGUAUGUGGGAGGGGGGUUGGUUGUCUAUGUGGUAUGUAUGAGGGAGUGUGUGUGUGUUUUGUGUGCAAAGCUGUUACAAGAAGGGCUUAUGUAGUUAGGAAAGCACAUCAUUAUGACUAGAGCAGCUAUCAUUGACCAGUAUGAAGAAUCACUUGUAAUCACUUGCGAAGACUGAACGGGGUUCCCUAUUUCUCUUUCUUUUCCUCACAUUCCUCUCUCCCAUCCUUUCUUUUUCUUAGCUGGAGGAGAAGAUGCUGGGAGACCCAUGUCUGAAGGACCUGAAGAAGGGUGACAUCAUCCAGCUGCAGAGGCGGGGCUUCUACAUCUGUGACCAGCCCUAUGAGCCAAUCAGGUUUGUCCUAUCUUCUCUUCAAGGUCUUCAUUAACUUUUGACUAGUUUUGGGAGGGAUGCAUGGGUGGGUGAAUGGUGAGUUGGGUAGAUUGAUGGAUGGAUGGAUGGUUGGAUGCAGACCUGGGUUCAAAUGCUCUUCGAAAUCUUUCAAAUACUUUGAGCAUUUUCUUAAUGCUGCCUGGACUCCCAGAUCGGCAGGGUUUGAAGUUUGGGGUAGGGUGUCAGGUGACUCGACAAACAAUGGACGGUAGGCGAGAAUAAUACAUUAAAAAAACAACAGUGAUCAAAUCAAUUUUCACUAAAUGUCAAUAUUGUGGUCUUAAAAUGCAUAAUUAAUCAUUUGAAAACAUGAAUGUGGAAGUUGUUAACCAUGUCUAAAUCCCAAUACUGUACGUUAUGAUAUUUACACAAUAUGAGCCCAAAUGUAAAGCAAGUGCCGUGCUAAGAACGUUACAUUCUGUGGGACAGCCUUUUUUAGGAAACCUGUGAAAUCGGUGUGUUCAUAUUUGAAAUUGGUAUUCCUCACUCUACCAGAGUAAGAUCGAUGUGACAUUGUAUUGCCAACAAGUAUGGGGAAGUCCUGAGGGUGUUUUACAGUCAUCAGACGUCCUUGGACUGAAAUAUAAGGUACAAAGUUUUAAGAGACAUGAAAAAAACAUAGCAGGUUACAAAGUAGAGCUUCGUAGCUGCAUUUUGGUGUGUGGCUUGUCAGGGAUUGGUCCAAAUUCACAUGUCGUCACCCGUUUUCAAGAUGAGAUGCUAGCUAGCUGUGCGAGGGAGUGUUUGUUGGCUUGACGCUGUUUGCUGAGUUAACACUCUGGGCAAGAGGCAGCACUGCUCUGCAGUGGCUGUAUUGUGCCAGCGGCAAAUUUUGUGAUUGAUGGUUUUAUUAUUUCAAGUGUAAACUUCCAGAAUUCAGUAGCUACAGCCCUACAAUCGAUAAAAACAUAGCUAAAUACCAGUGAAUUGAAAAUGUGUCCCAUCUACUUGCUGUGCAGGUGGCAAGCAGGCAACUCAAUCUAGUCUCGACCUAGGCUAAUUAUUUGAUGGAAAUUGUGCAUUUUAUCCUCAUCAACACCAAACAUAACAUUACAAUGUAACCCAACUCAGGUGUAGGCCUACCUUAGAAGUAAUCUAUGUUAUUAGACGACUAGUGUAGCCUUCUGUGUUACGGUUCAGACUUAGUGAGAAGUGUGUGUCUGUGUUAGGCUGUAUGGGUACGGAAUACAACAUUACUGUGAUAUACAGUGUAUUCAGAAAGUAUUCGGACCCUUUUACUUUUUCCACAUUUUGUUACGUUACAGCCUUAUUCUAAAAUUGAUUAAAUAUUUUUCCUCCUCAGUCUACACACAAUACCCCAUAAUGACAAAGCGAAAACAGCUUUUUUAGACAUUUUUGGAAAUGUAUUCAAAAGAUAAAAUACGUACCUUAUUUACUUAAGUAUUCAGACCCUUUGCUAUGAGACUUGAAAUUGAGCUCAGGUACAUCCGGUUUACACUGAUCAUCCUUGAGAUGUUUCUAGAACUUGAUUGGAGUCCACCUGAGGUAAAUUCAAUUGAUUGGACAUGAUUUGGAAAGGCACAGACCUGUCUAUAUAAGGUCCCACAGUUGACAGUGCAUUUCAGAGCAAAAACCAAGCCAUGAGGUCGAAGGAAUUAUCCAUAGAGCUCAGAGACAGGAUUGUGUCAAGGCACAGGUCCCCAAUAACACAGUGGCCUCCAUCGUUCUUAAAUGGAAGAAGUUUAGAACCACCAAGACUCUUCCUAGAGUUGGCCGCCCAGCCAAACUGAGCAAUCGGGGGAGAAGGGCCUUGGUCAGGGAGGUGACCAAGAACCCAAUGGUCACUCUGAAGGAGCUCCAGAGUUCCUCUGUGGUGAUGGGAGAAUCUUCCAGAAGGACAACCAUCUCUGCAGCACUCCACCAAUUAGGCAUUUAUGGUAGAGUGGCCAGAUGGAAGCCACUCCUCAGUAAAAGGCACAUGACAGCCCACUUGGAGUUUGCCAAAAGGCAAAGGCACCUAAAGACUCUCAGACCAUGAGAAACAAGAUUCUCUGGUCUGAUGAAACCAAGAUUGAACUCCUUGGCCUGAAUGCUGAGCGUCACGUCUGGAGGAAACCUGGCACCAUCCCUAUGGUGACGCAUGGUGGUGGCAGCAUCAUGCUGUGGAGAUGUUUUUCAGCGGCAGUGACUGGGAGACUAGUCAGGAUCGAGGGAAAGAUGAACGGAGCAAAUUACAGGGAGAUCCUUGAUGAAAACCUGCUCCAGAGCUCUCAGGACCUUAGACUGGAGCGAAGGUUCACCUUCCAACAGGACAACGACCCUAAGCACACAGCCAAGACAAUGCAGGAGUGGCUUUGGGACAAGUCUCAAUGUCUUUGAGUGGCCCAGCCAGAGCCCUGACUUGAACCCGAUCGAACAUCUCUGGAGAGACCUGAAAAUAGCUGUGCGGCGAUGCUUCCCAUCCAACCUGACAGAGCUUGAGCGGAUCUUCAGAGAAGAAUGGGAGAAACUCCACAAAUACAGGUGUGCCAAGCUUGUAGUGUCAUACCCAAGAAGACUUGAGACUGUUAUCAGUGCCGAAGGUGCUUCAGCAAAGUACUGAGUAAAGGGUCUGAAUACUCAUGUAAAUGUGAUAUUUCAGCUUUUUAUUUUUAAUAGCUUAGCAAAAAUGUCUAAACACCUGUUUUUGCUUUGUCACUAUGGGGUAUUGUGUGUAGAUUGAAGGAAAAAAAACAAUUUUAUCAAUUUAAGAAUAAGGCUGUAACGUAGCAAAAUGUGUAAAAAGUCAAGGGCUCUGAAUACUUUCCGAAUGCACUAUAUAGCCUAACUGUUACUAAUAGGUAAAUAGUUACCCUGCUUUUUGUUCACGAUUAUGUAAUCCCAAUUAUAUGUACUCUGUUAUCACCCAUGGUAUGUGUUCCCGGGUGUCCCCUUAAUCCAUAGUUUAAACAUUCUUCAUUGCUAAAGCGUACGGCACUGUACACUUUAGUUAUUUUAUUUUCUUUAUUUUCCAGUACAUAACCUGUUACCAAUGCUGCUACUGCUCAUCAUGUUUGUACUGUUACUGUACACUUAUGACCAUAUAAGUCGCCCUUGCUGAACUGAGUACCAUAUUAAUAAUGCACCUAGAUACUAAUAUUUGAUUUGUGAGAGAGAUAGAGAGACUCCCACGUUGGUGUGUGUGUGGUUGCGGGCGGUGCAGUUGCCGUACCAGGUGGUGAUACAGCACGACAGGAUACUCUCAAUUGUGCAUCUGUAAGAGUUUGUGAGGGUCUUAGGUGCCAAGCCAAAUGUAUUCAGCCUCCUGAGGUUGAAGAGGCGCUGUUGCGCCUUGUUCACCACACUGUCUGUGUGGGUGGGCCAUUUCAGAUUGUCAGUGAUGUACGCCGAGGAACUUGAGGUCUUUUCACCUUCUCCACUGCAGUCCCGUCGAUGUGGAUAGGGGCGUGUUCCCUCUUCUGUUUCCUGAAGUCCACGAUCAGCUCCUUCGUUUUGUUGAGGGAGAGGUUAUUUUCCUGGCACCACUCCGUCAUUUGCAUUUUAAGUGAACAUUUGCAUAAUCUUGAAUUUUAUUUUCAUACGUUUUACUUUUAUUUGAAUCAACUCUGUUCUACAUCAGCCCUGAAAAUGUCAUAAUAUGACAACCAUAUCUUGAGAUAUUGGAUAAAACAUGUUGAAAUUAAGAAUCCAGACAGGUGACUUGGUGCCAUUUUUGACUAAGGAUUAACAUUGACCAGUCCGCAACCCUUUUGGACCUUUUCCGAUCGCUUGAAAAUAAAAUAUCUCAGCAAUGGAAAGUCUUAUCCUCAUGAAAUAAAGAACCACAGUUUCAUUUUAACCCCUAACACCCUACUAUUGGCUCAAAAAUGCCAGUCGAGCUCAAUCAAGAAAAGCUAAAGUAUUUGAAAUGAUUUAAAACAAGAUUUGAACCCAGGUUUGGUUGGGAUGCUACAUUUUCUAAAUAGAUAUCACAAUGACUCUUCGAAAUGAAGCCCUACUACAUUGUUCCAGUGUGCUGGUAUGAGUAAUUUUACCCUGGUGUUGUCCCCCAGUCCCCACAGCUGUAAGGAGAGUCCCUGUGUGCUGCUGUACAUCCCCGAUGGCCACACCAAGGAGAUGCCCACCGCCGGCUCCAAGGAUAAGAGCAAGGCCGCCACCACCACAGUGAGUAUUGUUACUUACCCGUCUACUAUAGUUACACUGCAUUAGGAAAGGAGAGAGGAACUAACUACAGGCUCAUCUCAAUAAUCUAAAGUUAUUUCCUCUAGUUUUCUUCUCCCCUUCAUCUGCACUGGUCCAAAGAUAUAGGAUAUAGGAUGGCUGAUGCUCACCAGACAAUUUUCUUUCAACUGUCCUGUUCUUUCAGAUUAAUGCAGAUAGGAGAGGCAGUUAGGAGAAUUGUAGACUAUUUGACAAGUUCGAAUCAUUUUAGAUUUUUCAGAUGCACCCUGUAUUCUUAUAUAUUAAUGUAGAUAAUUUGAUUAUUGUAGUUUUUUUUAAAUCGCUUUUCUGAUGCCUUCUCUUAUAUUUUGAACUCCUUGUCGUCUCUCCUCUUAGCCCGCCUCCCCAGCCAAGGGCAAAACCGCCCCGGUCUCUGCCCCAGCCCCCACUGCCGCUUGUGAUGCCGGCGCCGUUUUCUCCGGCAUCGUGGCUCAAGGCGAGAAGGUGCGCGAUCUGAAGACCACCAAGGCCCCUAAGGAGGAGGUGGACAAAGCGGUGAAGGAGCUGCUCUCACUCAAGACCCAGUUCAUGCAGCUGACUGGCCAGAACUACAAACCAGGCAUGGCCCUGCCCGCCAGCUCCACCCCUCAGAAGGCAGCAGCCCCCGCCCCUUCUUCUGUCUCCGCCUCCUGCCCCUUUGCUUGCGUCACCCAGCAGGGGGAGUUAGUGAGGAAGCUGAAAUCCGAGAAGGCUCCCAAGGUUUGAGUCUAUUUUUCUCUUGUUUAUCAUUUGGUGCAAUAACAUCCCAAAAACCUGACAUCAAAUGCAAUUGUAUUGUUGCGGUAACAUAUUUCCAGAUUUGUAGCUCAAUUUUUUGUCCCCCACGAUGAAAUUCGGUGACUAUGGAUCUGUGUAUGUCCGUUAUCACGUGUGACUAAUGUACAUACUAUCUCAGACACCACUGGCCCGAUAUUGACGAAACUUGGGUGAAUGAUGCAUCUUGCCAUAGAGAUCCAGAAUGUACAGAAUUACACUGAUUGAAUAGGGAGCGUCGCUGCGCAGCUAUUUUCAGGUCUCUCCAGAGUCCGGGCUCUGGCUGGGCCACUCAAGGACAUUCAGAGACUUGUCCCGAAGCCACUCCUGCGUUGUCUUGGCUGUGUGCUUAGGGUCGUUGCCCUGUUAGAAGGUGAACCUUCGCCCCAGUCUGAGGUCCUGAGCGCUCCUGAGCAGGUUUUCAUCAAGGAUCUCUCUGUGCUUUGCUUUGUUUGUCUUCGUUCGCAAAAAAAAAGAGAAAAAAACACCACUAUGCUUUAUUGGGAAGACCACCAAGGCAAUACCGAUAUCCAAUAUUUUCCUAGCCAAAAAACCCGAUACCGAUAUUUAAAAUUUUUGUGGCCUUUUUAAGCAUUCUAGUACAGUUAAAUAGUUGAAACAAAGUGUCAUAUGUUCAGUUAGGAACAGAUUUUUUUAUAACUUGUAAAUGAGAAAAAUUACUAAUCCAUUAAUGUAUUUUAUUGCACAACAGAUAUUCAUGACACAAAUAUUUUAGCUGCCCCGCGUUACAAUGAUGGUUCAUUUGUUGGUGGCUCUUCUUACUGUCCAACUUUGACUGUAUGGAGAAACUUAAAAAUGCUUUGAAAGAAAUAUUCUUUUAAACUAAAAUGCUGUUAAUCAUUUUUGCUUUAACUGCUUGAAAAAAUUACUGUCUCUAGGCUAUGUCAUAAACUGCUAUAAAUGGCACAACAUUUCAAAUGUGCUCAACUGACCUGACUAGUAAAAUGCGAGCGAAUGUACAUCUCAUCUUUCAUUUAGGAACUUAAAAAAAAUAAACAAAAUUGCUUUGUUUUAAAUUAAAUGAAAAUCUUGACCUAUACCAGCCAUGAAUAAACAACAGAAAAGCCAUUGGGCUUAGAGUCAAUUUUGUUCCAGUGACUCUAGAUGGCUGGGUUACAAUAGGACUGCCCAUUUACAAUUUUAACAUUUGGGGGAGGUUUUUCUUCACAAAGAGGACCUGCUCGGCUUUGUCACGAGAGUCUGUUCUUUUUUCGUCUACAAUGUGUGAAUCUGCACUGAAAAGGCGCUCACUGUCCAUACUAGUACAGGGAGCACCAAGAUACUUGCACACAGCUUUAGCUAGGAUGGGGAAACGGUGCUUGUUACUUCUCCAGUAUCCAAGUGCAUCUUCAUUCCUGGGAAUAGUAGGUUCUGUCAGGUAUGCUAGUCACUGUGUCCGUUUCCAUCUUGUCCAGCUGUGUCUGUAACAUUUCACGUAAACCCUGUUUCUUGUCUGCAUCGAAGUAGCGGUCCUUGUACCUAGCAUCGAGCAUGGUGGCAACACAGUAAAAGAGGCUCAGAGAGAAUGCCACCGAAUCGCUUGUUCACAGCCUCUAGUAGAGUACUUUUGCAAGUUUUAACCCCACGGUCUGUGUCGGCAGUUUUGUUGAGCAGGCGUUUCAAUGCCAUGACAGAUGGUAUCACGUCUGCUGCAGACGCAGUUGGUGAGCUUAUUUCUCGAGUCAGUUGUUCGAAUGGAGCUAGGAGCAGUGGCGGCUCCUGAAAAAAUUCUCAGGAGGGGCAAUUUUUCUGAUGAUUUAGGUGACCUACACACAUUUUAAAAAAGAUAUGUCCAGCAACAACAUGAAGACAGGGGCAGCAUAUAAGUCAAUACCAGAAGCAUUUAUUGACUGAUCUGGGGAGAUGGAUUCCAGUUUCUGUGACAGAUUAUAAAUAAUCUCUGAUGCCUUUGUUAUAUUAGCUUUUGGUUGAAUGUACUGUCGUAGUAAAUAUAUAAUGUUAUAGCUUGGUCUGACUAAAAUCUUGUGCAUGACCCAUUUUGUGUUGGGCGUUUGUUUUCAAUCAAUGCUGUUCCUAUCCUAUAACAAUGGACAAAAGAGUCCUAUCUUGUCAGCCUUGUCAGCAGGUGGCCAAGGACAACACCCACGCCAUAGGUCUCUCAGUUCUUCCAACUCACGAGUUCUUGCUCUGAGGACACACACACACACACACACACACACACACACACACACACACACACACACACACAUCAUCACUGAUAACACACACACACACACAUCAUCACUGUUAAACACACACACACACACACACAAAAAUCCCCUCUCUUUAGGCUGAACAUUUGAAGACAGAGAACCCGACUCAGAGCCAAUGCAACAGUGGAGGGGACCUCGCCCAACUCAUCAGGACCAAUCAGAAGAUCAGAACUACUAGAUUCAACCUACAUCAUUUAUUGUAUAAAAUGUCUGCACACAAUGUUUUCGGGGCUCUCUUCUCCCUAAGAGUUUGACGAACGAGUCCGUGCACGCGAUUCCAGAUAUCUUUACCUCUGAAUAAACUGCCUUUAUUAUACCAUAUCCACCCUGUCCAAAGUCUCUACUUGGUCUCAGUUCUCCAGUAAACUUGUGAUUAUCAACAGUACACAACGGUAACAAACAAUUGGGGGAACUCACGGGGCAGAUAGUAAGGUCGCAGUGACACAGAAAGCAGUUCAAUGUCGGGGUACAGAGUCGCUCUCUUACCAGGAUCGCGGUCCGCUCUGACCAGGGUGAAGCCGGCCGGCUCCACUUCUCUGUCCGGGACUCUGUCAUCCAGCCAAGUCUCCCAGCUGUAUUGGGAUUCCGCUGCCAGCAGCGUUUUCAUUAUUUAGUCCGUUCGUAGCGGGUAUGUACACGAUCAACAAGAUCAGUCCAAAACCAACCACUGGAAAUCCAUGGUUGGCAGAAUGUUUGUAAACUAAGUCUACAAAUUAAAAACAUAAAAUAACGCCACACUGCAGGUCGCAACAGAGACGCUGCUAGCCGCUAUUGUCUUAGUUACGUUCAUGGUUACGUCACGUAUGACGAAAGCGCGUAAGUGCAAGCCCACAGACACCCAUAGAGAAUGUAUUGAAAGCUUUGAAAUUUGAAAAAAAUAGAUUUUACAUGACAGGCUAUGAGAGACUUCUGGGCGAUUUUCAACUUGACUGAAAUCGCCCCAAAAACGGGCGGGGCCAUUUGAAGCACGACUUUAGCCUGAUUUGACAUUUAGUGGCUGGCAGAUCAGACGUGAACACUGAUAACUACUGUUGCCGUGAUAUAAUUGAUUAGAAAAAAAAUCCCUUCCUUUUCCCGUUUGGCAGUGCGUCGCCCAUAUCGCCCUAUUGAACAGGCCGUCCCUGGCUAGGAGUGUGUUCAUGUUUUCAAUGAGUGUCCACUUGUUUGUACUGAUUGUUGCAGCUAACUCAUAGUCGGCUGCGUACACGCCAAGCACUCGUUUUUGUUCCAGCAGGCACUCCAAGCUGCUCCUGUAUUGCUUGCAGGCGGCUGUAUGCUUGCUGUGAGUGUUUAAAAUGACCCACUAUCUUCCUACCUGUUGCCACUGUGUCAGAUAUAAUGCGUUGGGCCAAAACACCUUCGUUCACAGCCAGUUGCAGCGUGUGUGCCAUGCAUGGCAAACUGGCGACUCCGCAUUCUUCCAAAGCCUUUGUCAUGUUACGUGCAUUAUCACGUAGCACAGCGUGUACUUUGUUCUUGGGGAUUUUCCAAGUUUCAAACAUGUUCUCAAAUACCAUUGAAAUGGCAGCAGCGGUAUGAGAACCAGCACAUUCUUGAGCAUGCAAUACGGCUUUCCUCAGUACGAAAUCCUCGUCGACCCACUGUGCUGUCAGACUCGGCAUGCUCAUGGGGCUGACAUCGCUGCUCCAAAUGUCAGUCGUGAAGCUAAUAACAGUGACGCCCAUAGCAAGUAGCUCAUGGAUGUGCAUUUCAACAACACUGUGUAACUCCAGUAGGGCAAAGUCUGAAAAAUAGCGCCUACUUGGUAGUGUGUACUGGGCUCAAGGUCCUCGACCAGUCGGCGAAAGCCAACAUCAUCCAUGACAGAGAACGGUUGAUUGUCAAGGGCAAUGAAUUCCAUUAUUAAUGUAUUUCGCCUUUGACUUACUCUUUCAAAUGACUGCUCGACUUGAACUUGUUUAGUUGUUGGAAGUGUGCGCUUAGUUUUUUUCUGCUUUUGUUCUAAGUAGUUGCUGAACGUCUGGGGGUGAUGCACUUUCAAAUGAGUAAUUACGUUUGUGGUGUUGAAAGAUUUCACUUUCUCCCUUCCUUGGGAAAUAAUAGCAGCACAAACGUUGAAUAUGGCCUUUUUGUUAUCUUCCUUUGAAACUUAAAAAAAUAUCCACACAGCAGACAUUGUGGGCUAGGUUAGGAAUGCUGUGUUUCACGUUUUGCGCUGUAUUUUUCAUGGCGUCAUUACGUCAUCUACCUACGUUAUACAGGUAUGCACGUCAGCUUUGACAUCAGUUUUGCACGUCGGCGUUAAACUAUACAUAGAACCAAUGCCGAUGUUGGCAUUUUUAGCUAAUAUCGGCCGAUUCUGACAUGCUUACCGAUAUAUCGUGCAUCCCUAAAGCUUUAUAAUAUGGAAAGGUGGUACUCAGUAAUGUGUUGUAUUGGAUUUGCCCCAAAUAUAAUGCUUUGUAUUGUUACGUUCCCACAAGACAAACUCAAUAUGUCCCUCACAAUAAAGGGAAUUUAAAAAGAAAAUCACUGACAACCAAAACAAAACAGAAAGGUGCUCAUAAGGGGUUCUGAAAGGCACCCAUGUGGGUGCACAAUGAAAGUUGGCAAAGCCACUAGUAAGGGGUUCUAAAACACACCCACCAUGGAUGCCCACUAGGUUUGCCUCCGAAUAGACAAACUAAACUUUUAUGGUUUGAAACGCAGCCAAAGUUGAAUUCAUUCAGCCAGCCACCCCUUGUGGUGGUUUAGCAUAAACACUUUUGCAUACUUCUUAUCCACUGCCAUAGAUAGACACAUCUUUAAGUUGUACCGAAGAAGUUAAACAGUUUUGUAUUUACUGUCAUAUUUAUAGAGGAUGUAGUUGCUUUUUGGUGGAUAUGCAAACCACCAAUGUUUUUUAAAUAAUGUAAAUGUACAUUUUUUUAAGAAAUCAAGGGCGCUAGAAAACCACAGCAGGAAAUGUAAUUUGAGAAUAAUCAGAUUGGAUCAUGUAAUCGAAGCUGGUAAACCGACAGCCUAUGUAAACUUGCUAUGUAAACUUUUCUACAAAUGUUUUGGUCAAGAGAAGCAUGGUCCCAUGAACAGGCGCAUAAGCCCUAACAGCAACAAACAGCACAGGUAUGACAGAAUAUUAAUUUUAUGAUCUGCCACAGACUUUGCAACUCAUAAUUGAUUUGCUUCUACCAAGACUAACUCUGUCAAUGCCUUACUUACGUGUGGAACACAAAAUAGAUCUAUAGCCUUUUCCCCACCCUCAGUUAUAGACCAAAUAAUACAGAUACAAACAGAACCAAGUGAGACAUUAUUUCACUUUUUUUUUUUUUUCAUAUGUGACAGCGCACAGCUGCUUCUUUGACUCCUGAGUUAUUAAUUUGUAUCCACCCCCUGUCUGUCCGUGGCCGGGUGUUCCAUUCACAUAGUUUUUUCUCAUUUUCUUUUGACCCGCCUAGACGGGGCCCACUAAUGACCAAAUCAUGAUCUGUUUAAUGGUUUAUACUAUGUCCAUAAUGAUAUUAUUUGGUUUCACGUGUAUUUAUUUUUAUUUCAUCAUUAAUGGUUUUGUUUUAUCCUCCUUUUCUAGUCCAGUAGAAUUGAUUUGAUAUUUAGAUUAUGGGACAAAAAGAGGGCCCUGUGGAUGGGCUAUUUGUUCUUGUCUUGUGACAGACCUGCAACUGGAUGCAGAGCUGUUGGCGUCUACCAGAAAGGGAUGGUGUAGAUAUUACGAUUAUAAUACAACUGCAAUAUAAUCAUGAGUAUUCCCUUUUUAGUGGGAGGGGAUGGGGAGGUUUAUAGUUGCGACCUGGGAAGGGCUCUUGGGAAAUUUAGUUUUUUUUACAUAUUCUAUGCUGAUUGACUACUCAUCUAUUGACUUUAAAAUGGGAUUGUGAUCACUAUUAAAUUUGCAACAAAGUAUUUUCCCAAUCUUUAAAGGGAUAAUCCACCCCCAGAAAUUAAAAUCCUUAAACUCCUGUCAAUUUGGUGAAAUCCUAUGACCUGUGUAAAACAGAAAUUCCCAGACGAUUUGACUUCUAAGUGGUCCGCCUGUGAAAAUCAGGAAAUCGUGUAGGAACGCGUCAUGGCUAUAUAAUUCUCGUCACUGGAGAUAUGGGAUUACACAAUCACAUUUCAUAAUGCUUUUAAAACAAUUACCUCCACUCUAGCUCGCCAAAUCAGCCAAUAGAUGGUAUGGCCAUACUUGUCUAGAACACAUCCAUCCAUUUAUAUCGUUUAUAGCUCAGUGGCAGAGACAAACUGCAAAAUGAAUUCUGUGAGGUAGACCCGUAAAUUGAUAGUGCGGUUUUAGGCGAUUUUACAGCUAGCUAGCUACUUCACAUGCUGAUAUUGACUUUGGUAGUAUUGUGUGUAGCUAUGUUUUCUAGCUAGCUAGCCAGCCAGCCCAGGGAGAGAGAGAACAUUGCAUUGUGGGUUUUGUAGUAGACUUGAGCUGCAACAGAUUUCCCAAAAUUAUUACGACACAAUGAAACAUUUGUUUACAAAAAAUAUUGUUUUCACGUGUUAUUUAACAGUGUUUAACACUUAAUAAUAGGAAUUAGUGGUUUGGGGUGGAUUAUCCCUUUAAUGGUUAAGUCAUCUGUGCUUUCUUUGAAUUUACAGGGUAUAAAUGAAAAUAAUAAACGUACUAGUUGUUUUGAUAUUAUGAACAGGAAAGCAGUAGACAUUGCCAUGCUCCGGGAAACUAAUAUAAUGAAGGAUGAUAUAAGAAACUGAAAACAACAACUUUAAGAUAGCUGUCUUCUGCUAAUUAUAAAACAAAGGGGGUAAUUAUUGUGUUUUGCUAUAAUCUCAAGUUUCAUAUACAUUCACCAAGGGAAUGAUCAAGAAGGAAGGAUUGCCUAUGUGAAAGGUAUUUCUUCUGGCAUUUUUAAAAACAUUUUUUCUGCAUAUAUUCCCCCAACACAUACAAUCAUUUGUUUUUUGUUUCUUUAUCCCAAAUACUUGCUGAAAUAUCGGAUUUUCAUGUGGUCUUGGGUGGCGACUUACAAUAGGGAGUGCAUACAUUUUUUUACUGGUUUCCCGUGGGAAUCGAACCCACAACCCUGGCGUUGCAAGCACCAUGCUCUACCAACUGAGCCACACGGGACCAGAUAUAUUUAGUGCAUAAUCCACAGCUGAAAUAUACUUUUUUUAUUCCGCUAGCCACCAAUCCUUUUCAAGGAUGGAUUACACACUACUUUCAUCACAGUUGGUGCAUCUACUUCAGAAGGAGGAAAUGUACAUAUGUCUGUCUGAUCCUCAUGCAGAUUAUCUAUAACCAAUGCUCCAAAUCGAGUCACAAGGUGGAGAUUUAAUCUCACUCUUAAAAAUGUGAAUUUCUGUAAUCAAUUCAGGUCUGAUUUACAGUGCCUUCAGAAAGUAUUCAUACCUCUUGACUUAGUCCACAUUUUGUUGUUACACCCUGAAUUCAGAAUGGAUUACAUAGAUUUUUCCCCACACACACUACCCCAUAAUAACAAAGUGAAAACGUGUUUUUAGACAUUUAUGCAAAUGUAAUGAAAUGCAGAAAUGUCACAUUUACAUAUGUAUUCACACCUCUGAGUCAAUACUUUGUAGAAGCACCUUUGGCAGCGAUUACAUCUGUGAGUCUUUCUGGCUAAGUCUCUUAAGAGCUUUACACACCUGGAUUGUGCAACAUAUUAUUAUUUUCAAAAUUCUUCGACCUCUGUCAAAUAGGUUCUUGAUCAUUGCUAGACAACCAUUUUCAGGUCUUGCCAUCGAUAUUUAAGUAGAUUUAAGUCCUGUAACUCGGCCACUCGAACGUUCACUGUCUUCUUGGUAAGAAACUCCAGUGUAGAUUUGGCCUCGUGUUUAAGUUAUUGUCCUGCUGAAAGGAAGCCUGUGUCUUUGAAGUGACUGGGUCUAUUGAUACACUAUCCAAAGUGUAAAUAAUAACUUCACCAUGCUCAAAGGGAUAUUCAAUGUGUACUUUUUGUUUUUACCCAUCAAUAGGUGCCCUUUGUGAGGCAUUGGAAAUCCUCCCUGGUCUUUGUGGUUGAAAUUCACUGCUCGACUGAGGGACCUUACAGAUAAUUGUAUGUGUGGGAUACAGAGAUGAGGGAGUCGUUCAAAAAUCAUAAUAUUAUGAAUGCUAGUAUUCUAUGAACUACUCUAAUUGCAGUAUAUGUGCCUGUUAACCAAUGAGCCAACAAGAAAAUAAAAAGUAUAUUUAAAAAAUCAUGUUAAACACUAUUAUUGCACACAGUGAGUCCAUGCAACUUAUUAUGUGACUUAAGUUUUACUCCUGAAGUUAUUUAGGCUUGCCAUAACAAAGGGGCUGAAUACUUAUUGACUCAAGACAUUUCAGCUUUUAAUUUUGAAUUAAUUUUGAAUUAUUUUGAAUAACAUAACGCCACUUUGACAUUACGGGGUAUUGUGUGUCGACCAGUGACCAUAAAGCGCAAUGUAAUAAAUUAAAAAAACAACUAAAUGUGGAAAAGGUCAAGGGGUGUGAAUACUUUCUGAAGGCACUGUAGCUUCCUCUUAGCUAGUAAAUUACUCAAUAAUGAUAGUCUUGCUGACAUUGUUUCCAUUGUCUGACGAUGGUGUUCUCUUGCAUGACCCACCCACAAACAAUUUACAAUUAAACAUUUCUAUGAAAAAUUAUACAGUUCAAUAUACCUCAGACGGCAUGAGCCCCUUUUUUAAGGGCAGUCUCUUGAUGCACCUAUAACGCUCAAUGAACUACACGAUGCAUUGAAAGACAUGGACCCGAGGUAAAUCCCCUGGAUGGGAUGGCAUCCCACUGGAAUUCUAGUUAACCUUUCGGUAUGAACUUGUCCUGAUAUUAUUAGAAAUGGUACAAACAUCUAUUCAAAUGAUGCUCCUUCUCCAAAUUGUCUGGUGUGUUCUCAAAUAGAUAGUGAAACCUAUAUGCACAUGAUGUUUGGUGUUUUGUCAGUAUUUUUUUGUUUUUCAAUUCUUUAUCUAUGUACUUUUUGAAUAUUAUUGCCUGUCUGUGAUCUGAACCCCUCACAGGAAGAAAAAAAAAAACAUAAUAAAAAGUUGGCCACAAAAAAAAUUCAAUCAUUGAGAGUAUCUGUUAAUCCUUUUGGAGAAAAAAACACACACCUAUUUUCUGCCACAUCUCCAACAGAGAGGAAUAAGCUAAUAAAAAUAUUUGGCCCCAAAAUAUAUUUUGACAUGAUUCCUCUCGUCCCUCCUGUGGCUAGCGGUCCUUUUUAGUGGUAUUUUUAACGAUGUAUCACAAUGUUUUAUGGGUACUUAGUCACGAUAGGACAAAGGUUGACAUCGCCCAACCCUAUUGUGAGCUAUCAAGUUUUGAUUUCCAACGAGAGAGAAAACUUCUUAUUUUUUUCUUCUCAUUAAUCCACGCAAUUUAAGUUUAAAUAAUUGGCCUGGGGGGCUGCAUCAUUCGUGGGGGACGACAUGUUUACUGUUGGCUUGUUUUUAAUUGAUUACAUUAGAUUUAGAAUCCUGAGGUGAAAUAGCCUCCACAAUUUGUAGUUCCUCCAAGUAGAACAUUUGAAUGUAUUUCUUUGUUUUGAGGUUUUCCUGCCAAAAAUAUAUGAUAAAUUCAUUUUUUAAACUCUCUCUCGUUUUCUCUCCAGGACCAGGUUGAUGCUGCAGUCAAGCAGCUGCUGGCUUUCAAAGCUGAGUUCAAACAGAUCACAGGACAGGAGUACAAGCCAGGGAUUAUCCCUCCUGACACUGCUCCAGCCAAGAAUGCCCACACUGCCUCAUCCCCCUCAUCCCCCUCCUCCUCCUCACCCUCAGGCCUAUACGAACGUGUGACCAAACAGGGAGAAUCUGUUAGGAACCUUAAAUCUAAGAAAGCACCCAAGGUAAGGAAGAGAAGUGUUCAGUAACGCUUUACUUUAACCCUGCAGGUAUUGGACAUUAUUAUGAGGUUAUAAUGGAUUGUAAGACUUGUCAUCAGCAUGUAUGACACUAUUAUUUAUGUAUUAUCUCUGUAUUUGCUAUAUACAUUUUCCCCAUAGUUCUUUCAUCCCUGAUUUAAAUAAAUAAAAUCUCCUGCCUAACCUCUGUAUUUGAUCAAUCACUCCACAAAAGGACCAGGUUGAUGCUGCCGUGAAGGAGCUCUUGGCCUUGAAGGCAGAAUACAAACAGGCGACAGGUCACGACUACAAGCCAGGAGCUGCCCCAGCCCCUGCUCCUGCCCUAGCCCCAGUCCAGAGCAACCCAGCCCCCACAGCCACUUCUGGCUCAGGCAUCUAUGAACGUGUGACUCAGCAGGGUGACCUGGUGAGGAAGCUGAAGACCGAGAAGGCCCCCAAGGUGAGACCAACAGGAAGGGAUGAUAGGUUGGCAUUCAUUAGGCACAAGUUGGAUGAAAUGCGUCAUAAAAGAUUGAAUGGACAUCAUGCCUGCUCUAUUACAACAUUUCUAUCUGCAAUAUUCUUUAUUUUAUAAUAUGAACAGCUUUAUUCAUUCAUUUUCGGUAGUUGAAAAGAAAGUGACAUCAACCCUUUUGUCUUUGUCCCCUCCCUCUCAGGACCAGGUGGACGCCGCUGUCAAUCAGCUGCUGUCAUUCAAAGCCGAGUACAAGCAGGCGACUGGCCAGGACUACAAACCAGGCGUGGCCCCAGCCGUCAGCCCUGCCCCUGUCCAGGCUAGCCCCGCCCCCCAGGCCCAGUCUGGCUCCUCCCAACAGGCACUCUUCACUCAGGUUGUCCAAAAGGGGGAGCUAGUGAGGAAGCUGAAAUCAGAGAAUGCUCCUAAGGUAAGUGGGAUUUCAUUUCACUUUGUAAACUAUGACCAAAAAUGUUGGCGAGAACAAGCUAUUCAGAUGAGGAAUACUGGAGUUUUGGUGCAGGUACCUAGUGUAGCUAGCUAGUUAACAUUGGCAACUUUAGCUACUUGUGCAAACAUAUUUAUUAUAUAAAUAUUUGCAAAAAAUUAUGAAUCAGAUUUAAAUCUUAAUAUUGUGAUUUAGGGAUAGCCCUAAAUGCUAGUAGAGUGAUGAAAUGCCACAGGCAGACUAAAUAACACAAUAUAAAAUGCCACCAGGACCAGGUGGACUGUGCCGUGAAGCAGCUGCUGGCCCUGAAGACUCAGUACAAGGCCCUCACCGGAGAGGACUACAAACCUGUGGCUGCCGCCGGAGCCUCGAGCAGAGAGGACAAGAACCGCAAGGACCGAGAGAACAAAUCUGAGAAACAGGGAGGAGGAGGGAAGAAGCAGCCAAAGGGAGAAAAGAGCAAGGAGGCCUCGUUGGGAGGCACAGGGGGAGGAGGAGAGGGUGGUCCCAAGAAACAGACACGGUGAGAGGGGUGGAUGGAGGGGAGGGCACAGGGAUGGAUGAAUAGAAAUCAUUGGUACUUUAAUGGAGUGGAGAUUUGAAGAUAGCGGGAUGGAUGGCAGAAAUGAAGGGAGAUGGAGAGAUAGUGUUUUUGAACAUAGGGGGGGGGGGGGUACUGCUGAAUGGAUGUGGUCCUGUAUGGCUCAGUUGGUAGAGUUUGGCUUUUGCAACGUUAGUGUAGUGGGUUCGAUUCCUGCUGAGGUCACCAAUACGAAAAUGUAUGGCAGCAGACAUAUUAUGAUAUUCUUAUCUGAGUGGUUUGACCUGCUGCGCAAUAAGCUCAACACAUUGCUCCUAGAGUGUUAUCGCACACAGUGGCAUACUGUCAGGGCCUUCAAAGCAUUCAGAGGAGGCCUAAUAAUAUUAAAAUGAAAACUUGUGAAAAUUAAUUGUGUUCCGUGUGGUGAUGUCUCUGAUGGGGAAGGGAAAAAUGAAAAGUGUAAUAGCUAUUCAAUCAGGAUCUUGGGAGAAAUCUUCCCACAAUCCACCCAGCAGGGCCUUCAGAAACUAGAUUGAAGGCUUCUGUCAUUCAAUUGUACUAAGGCAGAAUUUUGGAUUGACAGCAUGAUUAGCCAAGCCGAUUUGUAUUAUUUUAAUUUUUUUAAUUUCCACAGCUUCCGUGCCCUCUAGCUAGCAAGCUUUGACAAACGUCACCACUGUAUUAAAUCAGCCAGGAGUUGUUGCUGAAUUUUAGCAGUUUUCUGUUUAGCUAGCUGAAAUAAAGGUGGACUAUUGUAGAACGCUUCUCUUGGAUUUAAAAGCGAAGAACGGAACAUCUUAUGAUUGACCAUUUAGCUGGACCGGAGGAUACAUUUGUGGUGAGUGUUCUCUCUGUUCCAUAUAGAUGAGUUCGAUUAAUCGAUUAGUCGAUCGAGGGUAAUUGAACAUUUGGUAAUCGAAAACAACCAAUUUAAGUGAUUUUCUAUUGCUGGACACUGGACAGAGAGAUGACUCUAAUUCAAAAUAUGCGUGGCCUUUCCCCCCGCAAUAGACAAGUAAACGUAUAUCUAGUAUUCAUGCACACAUCGGACUAUAUUUUGCGAAGAAAACUCAAAUGUAUUAGUUUAAAACUAACGUUGAUUAAUCCCCCCUAGCAAACAUAAACUAAUCGAUUCUGGAAAAACUUCCGUUGAACUCAUCCCUAGUGUUCUGUAUUUUUUUUUUUUUCAGCUUUAUUGCUGUGUUAUCUCUUUGAAAUUGUGUGAGUUAAGUUAGCUAGCUAGCUAACAGUUUGUGGAUUUCAACCUUGUCAGCACAAUUAUGAAAAGUUAAAAACGUAUUACAAAGUGUAUCGAUAGUUUGUUUUAUCUAAUACUAAUUAAGUGCUGUAAUUGCGUGUUUGACUUAAUCCAAAUGAGCUGGGUGUGUAUUGCAUUUUUAAAGACUGAUCUCAUGCAUGUAAUGGUGGUUUGAGAUGGCUGGCUGUGGCCAGAUGAGAUUGUUGGGCUGUGUGUGUGAACGUGUGAAAUUUUUCGACUAGACUCGAGCUGGCCAAUAUGGAGCUGUGCCAGAGAGAAUUUUGGCUGUGUAUUUGUGCUGUGGUUUUUGUCAUGAAUUACAUAGGCUAUUUGGCAUGAUGAUUUUCUUGGGAGCCAUGCUUCUGAAGGCCGAGGCCCAAUAGGCACAGUCUGCUACUGAUCACACAACGUAAGCCAAAUGCAAAAAAGCACAGAUCAGAAAUAAUAGCGUAAACUCACUACAGUCUGCACUGUGAUUUAAUUGGAACGUUUUCUUUAAUACGUUAUAAGGAGCUGAUUAUUUAAUUAAGUUAAGUAAGCUGAACAAUGCAUGCAAGGUUGCCGUGUUUGGAAUUUGCAUUGGAUAAUAUGCCUCCCAUCGAUUUCAUUUAGCAAAUUUCUCACUGCCAUUUGCUCAUGCAACAUGUCACCCUAAUGAUGUAUGUAUUUUCCUAAUUCAGACUGGGGCUGGAGGCUAAGAAGGAGGAGAACCUAGCUGAUUGGUACUCUCAGGUGAGUGUGUAUAUGUAUACUGUACAUACAGUGCCUUCAGAAAGUAUUCACACCCCUUAGCCUUUUCCACAUUUUGUUGUUACAAAGUGUUAUUAAAAUGGAUUUAAUUGUCAUUUUCUGUCAAUGAUCUACACAGAAUACUCUGUCAAAGUGGAAGAAAAAUUCUAACAUUUGUAAAAAUUCAUAUUUAUGUGAAAAAUAAAACACUAAUAUCUUCAUUAGAUAAGUAUUCAACCCCCUGAGUCAUUUCAUGUUAGACUCACCAUUGGCAGUGAUUACACCUGUGUGUCUUUCUGGGUAAGUCUCUUAAGAGCUUUCCACACCUGGAUUGUGCAACAUUUGCCCAUUUAUUGUUAAAAAAAAAAUUCAGGUCUUGCCAUAGAUUUUCAGACAAAACUAUAACUCGGCCACUCAGGAACAUUCACUGUCUUCUUGGUAAGCCACUCCACUUUAGAUUUGGCCUUGUGUUUUAGGUUGUUGUCCUGCUGAAAGGUGAAUUCAUCUCCCAGCAGACUGAACCAGGUUUUCUCUAGGAUCUUUCCUGUGUUUAGCGCCAUUCCAUUUCUUUUUUAUCCUGAUAAACUCCCCAGUUAACGAUUACAAGCAUACCCUUAACAUGAUGAAGCCACCACUGUGCUUGAAAAUAUGGAGAGUAGUACUCAAUAAUGUGUUUUAUUGGAUUUCCCCAAACAUAACACUUUGUAUUGAGGACAAAAAGUUAAUUGCUUUGCCACAUUUUUUGCGGUAUUACUUUAGUGCCUUGUUACAAAAAGGAUUCAUGUUUUGGAAUAUGUUUAUUCUGUACAGGCUUCCUUCUUUUCACUCUGUCAUUUAGGUUAGUAUUGUGGAGUAACUACAAUGUUGAUCCAUCCUUAGUUUUCUCCUAUCACAGCCAUUAAACUCUGUAACUGUUUUGAAGUCUCCAUUGGCCUCAUGGUGAAAUCCCUGAGCGGUUUCCUUCCUCUCCGGCAACUGAGUUAGGAAGGACGUCUAUAUCUUUAUAGUGACUGGGUGUAUUGAUACACCAUCCAAAGUGUAAUGAAUAACUUCACCAUGCUCAAAGGUAUAUUCAAUGUCUUUUUUUAUGUUCUUUUUUUUACCCAUCUACCAAUACAGUGCAUUCGGAAAGAAUUCAGACCACUUGAAUUUUUCCACAUUUUGUUAUGCUACAGCCUUAUUCUAAAAUGGAUCAAAUUGUUUUUUUACCCUCAUCAAUCUACACACAAUACCCCAUAAUGACGAAGCAAAAAUUGGUUUUUAGAAAUGUUUGUACAUUUAUUAAAAGUAAAAAACUUAAAUAUGACAUUUACAUACAGUACCAGUCAAAAGUUUGGACACACCUACUCAUUCCAGGAUUUGUCUUUAUUUUUACUAUUUUCUACAUUGUAGAAUAAAAGUGAAGACAUCAAAACUAUGAAAUAACACAUAUGGAAUCAUGUAACCAAACAAGUGUUAAACAAAUUGAAAUAUAUUUUAUAUUUGAGAUUCUUCAAAUAUCCACCCUUUGCCUUGAUGACAGCUUUGCACACUCUUGGCAUUCUCUCAACCAGCUUCACCUGGAAUGCUUUUCCAACAGUCUUGAAGGAGUUCCCACAUAUGCUGAGCACUUGUUGGCUGCUUUUCCUUAACUCUGCGCUCCGACUCAUCCCAAACCAUCUCAAUUGGGUUGAGGUCGGGUGAUUUGUGGAGGCCAGGUCAUCUGAUGUAGCACUCCAUCACUCUCCUUCUUGGUAAAAUAGCCCUUAAACAGCCUGGAGCUGUGUUGGGUCAUUGUCCUGUUAAAAAACAAAUGAUAGUCCCACUAAGCCCAAACGAGAUGGUAUGGCGUAUCGCUGCAGAAUGCUGUGGUAGCCAUGCUGGUUAAGUGUGCCUUGAAUUCUAAAUAAAUCACAGACAGUGUCACCAGCAAAGGACCCCCACACCAUAACACCACCUCCUCCAUGCUUUAUGGUGGGAAAUACACAUGUGGAGAUCAUCCGUUCACCCACACCGCGUCACACAAAGCCACGGCGGUUGGAACUAAAAUGUUCCAAUUUGGACUCCAGACCAAAGGACACAUUUCCACCGGUCUAAUGUCCAUUGCUCGUGUUUCUUGGCCCAAGCAAGUCUCUUCUCCUUAUUGGCGUCCUUCAGUAGUGGUUUAUUUGCAGCAAUUGGACCAUGAAGGCCAGUCUCCUCUGAACUGUUGAGAUGUGUCUGUUACUUGAACUCUGAAGUAUUUAUUUAGGCUGCAAUUUCUGAGGCUGGUAUCCUCUGCAGCAGAGGUAACUCUGGGUCUUCCAUUCCUGUGGCGGUCCUCAUGAGAGCCAGUUUCAUCAUAGCACUUGAUGGUUUUUGCGACUGCAGUUGAAGAAACUUUAAAAGUUCUUGACAUUUUCUGUAUUGACCUUCAUGUCUUAAAGUGAUGAUGGACUGUUGUUUCUCUUUGCUUAUUUGAGCUGUUCUUGCCAUAAUAUGGAUUUGGUCUUUUACCAAAUAGGGCUAUCUUCUGUAUACCCCUCCUACCUUGUCACAACAAAACUGAUUGGCUCAAACACAUUAUGAAGGAACACCUGUUAAUUGAAAUAUAUUCCAGGUGACUACCUCAUGAAGCUGGUUAAGAGAAUGCCAAGAGUGUGCAAAGCUGUCAUCAAGGCAAAGGGUGGCUAUUUGAAGAAUCUCCAAUAUAAUAUAUAUUUUGAUUUGUUUAACACUUUUUUGGUUACUACAUGAUUCCAUAUGUUUUAUUUAAUAGUUUUGAUGUCUUCACUAUUAUUCAACAAUGUAAAAAUAAAGAAAAACCCUUGGAAUGAGUAGGUGUGUCCGAACUUUUGACUGGUAGUGUAAGUAUUCAGACCCUUUACUCAGUACUUUGUUGAAGCACCUUUGGCAGCAAUUACAGCAUUGAGUCUUCUUGGGUAUGACGCUACAAGCUUGGCACACCUGUAUCUGGGGAGUUUCUCCCAUUCUCCUUUGCAGAUUCUCUGAAGCUCUGUCAGGUUGAAUGGGGAGCGUCGCUGCACAGCUAUUUUCAGGUCUCUCCAGAGAUGUUAGAUCAGGUUCAAGUCUGGGCUCUGGCUAGGCCACUCAAGGACAUUCUGAGACUUGUCCUGAAGCCACUCCUGCUUUGUCUUGGCUGUGUGCUUAAGGUCGUUGUCCUGUUGGAAGGUGAACCUUCGCCCCAGUAUGAGGUCCUUAGCGCUCUGGAGCAGGUUUUCAUCAAGGAUCUCUCUGUACUUUGCUCUGUUAAUCUUUCCCUCGGUCCUGACUAGUCUCCCAGUCCCUGCCGCUAAAAGACAUCCCCACAGCAUGACGCUGCCACCAACAUGCUUCACCGUAGGGAUGGUGCCAGGUUUCCUCCAGACUUGACGCUUGGCAUUCAAUCCAAAGAGUUCAAUCUUUGGAUUGAGAAUCUUGUUUCCCAUGGUCUGAGAGUCCUUUAGGUACCUUUUGGCAAACUCCAAGUGGGCUGUCAUGUGCCUUUUACUGAGGAAUGGCUUCCUUUUGGCCACUUUACCAAAAGGCCUGAUUGGUGGAGUGCUGCAGAGAUGGUUGUCAUUCUGGAAGGUUCUCCCAUCUCCACCGAGGAACUCUGGAGCUCUGUCAGAGGGACCAUUGGGUUCUUGGUCACCUUCCUGACCAAGGCCCUUCUCCCCCGAUUGCUCAGUUUGGCCAGGCGGCCAGCUCUAGGAACAGUCUUGGUGGUUCCAAGGCCACUGUGUUCUUGGGGAGCUGCAAUGUUGCAGACAUUUUUGGUACCCUUCCACAGAUCUGUGCCUCGACACAAUCCUGUCUCGAAGGUCUAUGGACAAUUCCUUCGACCUCAUGGCUUGGUUUUUGCUCUGACAUGCACGGUCUUGAAUCUGUGUUUGAAAUUCACUGCUCGACUAAGGGUUAAUUGUAUGUGUGAACUUAUUUAGCCUUGGCAUAGCAAAGGGGUUGAAUACUUAUUGACAUUUCAGCUUUUCAUUUUUUCUUAAUUUGUAAAAAUUUCUAAAAACAUAAUUCCACUUUGAUGUUAUGGUGUGACAGAAAAUCUACAUUUUACCAAUUUAAAAUUGACUGUAACACAAGAACAUUUGGGAAAAAGUCAAGUGGUGUGAAUACUUUCUGAAGGCACUGUAUAUGAAAGUGGUUAAUGCCCCUGUUUUUUGUUUGUUUACCAGUCAAUGUUUCCCUUCACGUCCUCACAUGCCCCCCCCCCCCCCCCCCCCCCUGCCCCCCUUACCCUCAACUCUGCCCUCCGCCUUCCCUCCAGGUGAUCACCAAGGCAGAGAUGAUUGAGUACUAUGACGUGAGCGGCUGCUAUGUGCUUCGGCCCUGGUCCUACUCCAUCUGGGAGUCCAUCAAGGAGUUCUUUGACCGUGAGAUCAAGAAGCUGGGUGUGGAGAACUGCUACUUCCCCAUGUUCGUCUCGCAGGCAGCCCUGGAGAAAGAGAAGUCCCACAUAGCUGAUUUUGCCCCAGAGGUGUGUGUGUCUGUGUGUUGGGGGGAGGUGGGUGAUGGGUGUUCCUGACAUCUUGUGGUGAGAUGUGGUAUCUAUGCGUAUCUACCCGGUCCUCACUUCUCCAGUGAAUUGUGUGUGCCUGUUUUGGUAUCAGUGUAUGUGUGUGUUCCUGAUGCCAUUUAGUGGUGAUAUGUGGUAUCAGUGUGUGUCUAGCCCUAUUGGAAAUCCUGGUCCUCGCUUCUCCAGUGAUUUGUGUGUGUGUGUGAGACCACCAUUUGUCUUUUUGACAUGCUAGAGAAGAUCUCCUUUUAAAAUGAUUUGACACAUUUAUAGUUAACUGUGUUUGUGUGUUUUCUGGCCUCAGGUCGCCUGGGUGACACGGUCAGGGAACACUGAGCUUGCCGAGCCCAUCGCUGUCCGACCCACUAGUGAAACUGGUAAGAGACACACACACACACACCUGCCCGCCUUCUGUCAGACCGUAAGGUUAAACUUGAUGCAUUGAAUAUAUACAGAUGCUUUUCACUAGGUCUCAAAAGCUUUAUUGUAUGGAUGUAAAUCAUGACAUAAGUGCUAUAUUUUCAUCCAAGACGCUCACCACUUCUAUGCUGUCUCUCUUCCAUACAUUUAUACAUUUACUAAUUCACACACUGACCCGUAGGGUUGAGCGGUAUCCAGAUUUUCAUACUGUUUCUGUACCAUUCUGGGGUAAACGGUAAUCAUGAAUGUGCACACAAGGGGCGCCCCACUGACCCGUGUAUUCUUCCUCUCUUUUUUUUUUUUUUUUUACAGUGAUGUACCCUGCCUACGCCAAAUGGGUCCAGUCCCACAGAGACCUACCCAUCAAACUCAACCAGUGGUGCAACGUUGUGGUCAGUGUCCACUCCACUAAUGAUAAUUGUCAUAUUCACCGUCAUCGUUGGGGUCAAUUCCAGAAGUAAAAAAAUCAAAAUGGAAGAGCCCAAACGUACUUAAAAUGGAAGAUGCCUAACCAUGUCCAGUGUUUCCACUGUCUUUUGGCAGAACCCUUAAGGAUAACUUAACAGAACGUAUUCCGAUUUUUACAUUUUUUUACUGUUUCUCUCGUUUUCUCAUUGUUUCUCGCUUUCUCCCUCUCUCCCUCAGAGGUGGGAGUUCAAGCACCCCCAGCCCUUCCUAAGGACCAGAGAGUUCCUGUGGCAGGAGGGGCACACGGCUUUCGCCACCAAAGAGGAGGCCACGGAAGAGGUAAAAAGGCCAAUUUAUUUUUAACUCUCCAUCAGACUAGUUCUUACAUUUCUCUCUUGAAUGUUGAGUUUGGACUUGUCAGGUCUGGGGAGUGCAUUCAAACAAUGCUUAAAGUCAGACUCGGUAAGUCUAAUUUACGUCAUUUGUAUUUAUGAAAUAUCACUGCCGGAGCGACAAAACAUACCCAUGCAAGAUGUCAUAAUGUGCUCUAUUUGAGAGUUUUCAAGCGGCCGCUGGGCCAGCCACCCUUUAAUCAGUCAGUAUCAGACAGCUGGUGUUCUUGUUUGCUUGUAGCCUACAAGCAUGUAGGCUACUCUACAUUUUACUGCUUAUACAUCUUUAUAAUACAGUAAUUACAAUUUACAUAGAAAAGUUCAACAAAAUGGCUGCCUACUCCAGUGCAACAGUAGUUCCUUUAUCUGCUUGAUCUCUUGCGGUGCAAACACUUGACUUGAAAUGAAGACCAUCCGCAACUAUAGGGUUGAAUUACAAAAUUAAUUUGCCGUCAAAAGGUUGCAAUAGUAAACUAAACAUCCAAUAGGAAAACAAUUAGCCAGCUAGCAACUCCAGCAAGUGCAUGAAUGUUUAUUUGGCUGUAGGCUAAUCACCCACCUAUUUGCAAGCAAUGCAUGUGUGGAUCUAACAUUAUCUGUUUGCUAGCUAGCUAAAGUAGCGUGCUAGUUUGCUUCACCUACCAGGAGUAGACAGCGCUGGCUUUCGUGCUGAGGAGUCUAAAAUAUGGCUCAACUAGCAAGAAAAUAUUGUCAUUCCCUUGCUGAAUAAAAAUCGCCCACAAUUCCAGUUUUCAUUUAGAAGCUCAAGCUAGCAACUUUGUUACAACAGACAGCCAGGAGCCAAUAUUAUGAACCGUUACGACAUGCAUUUGUCAGCUAAAUUACACUUUUAUUCUGUAUCACUCAACUCGAAUUGAUAAUGAGUCUCUUUUGUAAUUAUAGGGAUAUAGCUAGAUAUGUGUAUUGUUGAUAUGUUGAAUGUUGCUGUAGUCGUGGAUGGAUCAGAGGAAAAGAGAGAACGUGCGUAAGAGAAAUGAUCAAUAGGCCUAUGCGUCAUAAUUACCUGGAUAAAUCUGACCUGCAAUUUGUAAACAAUGUUGCUGCACUUAUAAUUCAUAAAACUGUCAUUUUAAUCACAUUGAAGUGACCCAAAUGGCAAAUUCAUCUUUAGUCUAUAUAUACAUUUAAAGAUGUAUAAAACCAGGAAAAAAAAUUGACAUUUUAUUUGGGACUUAAUGAGUCUGGCUUUAACGUUUUGGUUUUUUCUGUGUAAGUUGAAUUAGGCACAGCUCAAGUAUUUGAACGUUUACAGUCUUAAAUUCAGUGUUUCCUCUACACUGGACUGGACUGGCCAAAAUGGCUGCCACAGUGAACCUGUAGUUCAUGGACCCUGCAUCUCUUUUCCAUGGAUUCUGGGGAUACAUUUGAACUACAUACAAUUAGGCCUAAUACGAUACAAUAGGUAGUUAGUACCUCCCAGUUUCAGAACAUUAUUCUCCCUAAACAUACCUUUUAAACAUCCCCCCUAGUAUUUUAAUAAAUACUGACUAUUUUUCUCCGUUUGCAUGUGUCCAGGUGUUACAGAUCCUAGAAUUGUAUGCACGGGUAUACGAGGAGCUGAUGGCCAUCCCUGUGGUAAAGGGCAGAAAGACAGAGAAGGAGAAGUUUGCAGGAGGAGACUACACUACCACUGUGGAGGCCUUCAUCUCUGCUAGUGGCAGAGCCAUCCAGGUACACUUAUAGGAUGCCGCCACAUUUGGAUUUUGUUCCCAAGAAUUACGGAUUGAGACAGUAAUUCUUUAAUGGGAGUAGGUGUAAGCAAUAUGUAGGAAGGUCUCAUAAAAUAGCUGGAGCCUUCAUCAUAAGUGCUUAUAUCCAUCACGUUCAUUGACAUUUUUUUUUUCAUUUUUUUUUGUCAUUUACCAGACACUCUUAUCCAGAGCGACUUACAUGAGCAAUUAGGGUUAAGUGCCUUGCUCAAGGGCACAUCGACAGAUUUUUCACCUAGUCGACUCGGGGAUUAGAACCAGCGACCUUUCGGUUACUGGCACAACGCUCUUAACCACUAAGCUACCUACCUGAAUGAAGCGCAUCUCUCAAUUAUUUGAGUCUGCAGCCUUGUCAAAUUCAGUGCUUCCUCUAUAAUGGACUGCACUGGCCAAAAUGGCUGCCACAGUGAACCUGUAGUUCAUGGGCCUCACAUCCCUUUUUUCAUGGAUGCUGGGGAUAAAUUUGUACUACGGACAAUUAGGGCCGAAUGGUUGAUUUCUGAUUUGUCCUAUCCCUUUUCCUAUCCCUUUGUAAGCAAUAUAUAGGAAGGUCUGACUUUGGUUUGGUUUCCCCUAAAAUGGUUAAUUCGAACCCAAGGGGAAGAGGCCUAAUAGCAGACUAGGGGAAACCAAACCAAAGUCAGAAGCUACUAAUGCAGUUUUCUAAAUCACAAUGGAACACUAUCAGCAAAUCAACCUCUUAGGCACACUUUUAAUGAUGCUUAAGUAAAUGUUUCCUCUUCCUCUCAGGGUGCUACCACCUUUCUAUCAUCAAUUCAUCAAAUUGUGAAAAUAUUCAUCAUAAAAUAAAUGUAAGAAACAAGCUAAAUGGUUCUCUUUCUCUCAGGGUGCGACAUCCCACCACCUGGGCCAAAACUUCUCCCGGAUGUUUAACAUCGAGUUCGAGGACCCCAGGAAACCGGGCGAGAAGCAGCUGGCCUACCAGAACUCAUGGGGCAUCACCACCCGCACCAUCGGCGUGCUCACCAUGGUACACGGGGACAACAUGGGCCUGGUGCUGCCCCCGAGAGUCGCCUGUCUCCAGGUAUGUUUUGAUUUACAUUUUGAUUUUACCUUUAUUUUACCAGGAAAGUCUGUUAAUAACAAAGUCUGAAUUACAAAUGACUGCCUGGCAAAAGGUAAAGAAUUUCACCUUUAUUGGCCCUAGUCAAAUUGUAUAACUCCGCAUGUUCUCCUGCUCUUCUCUCCCAGGUGAUCAUCAUCCCGUGUGGUAUCACGGCCUCCCUGCCUGAGGCUGAGAAGGAGGCUAUCCUGGCCCAGUGCUCCAAGUACCUGGCCCGGCUGCAGAGGGGAGAGAUCCGGGUUAAGGCCGACCUCCGAGACAAUUACUCCCCCGGCUGGAAGUUCAACCACUGGGAACUCAAGGUAAAACCACCACUCCUGGUCUUGUGUGGCUCAGUUUGUAAGAACUGGCUCUACAACGCCAGGGUCGUGGGUUCGAUUCUCACUGGAGUCAUACACUAAACAUUUUGCACUCACUGUACUGUAUGCCUCUUUGGAUAAAAGUAUAUCUUAAAUGGCGUAUAAUAUUAUUGUUAUUGUAUUACUCCCCAGAACCCUUUCUAGGGCCAUUAGAACGUUUGCAGCCCUGUCUCAUUCAGUGCUUCCUCUACAAUGGACCGCACUGUCCAAAAUGGCUGCCACAGUGAACUAUAGUUCAUGGGUCUCAUGUAACUUUUCCAUGGAUGCUGGGGAUAAAUUUGUAGUACUGACAAUUAGUUGAUUUCAGAGAUAAACUUCUCGUCAGUCCAAUAAUAAGUGUUUAAUCGAAAGGAAACGUCUGCAUCUCUAUCCUCUCCCUCAUUCUAAUUCCAUCUCUCUCUCCUUCUCUUUCUCUCUUGCUCUCCAUCUUUCUCGCUCUCCACCUCACCCCUCCUUCCCUCCCUCCAUCCCUCUCUCUCAGGGUGUACCCAUUCGCCUUGAGGUUGGUCCUAAGGACCUGAAGCAGGGUCAGUGUGUGGCCGUGAGGAGAGACACGGGGGAGAAGAUCACCCUGCCCGAGGCUGACACCGAGAAGAGGCUUACACAGCUACUGGAGGACAUCCAGACCAACCUCUUCAAGAGGUAUGCGUAUGCUGAUCCACACACACACACACACACACACACACCUACUGUAGGAAAUCAAGGCCAACCUCUAGGUAACACACACAAUCCCUCUCAUUCGCGCUCUCUCUCUGAGCGACUGCACAGGUGCUAACGUGCACACACACACACGUGUGACCGGUCAAAUAGUGUGACUAAUAUGCCUCCUCUUUGUCACAGGGCAUCGGACGACCUGAACAAACACAUGGUGGUAGCAGACUCUAUGGAACAGUUCCAAAAAGACCUGGACCAGGGCAGGGUGCGUUACAUUGGAAUUUGUUUCUGUUAGAUUCCCAAUCUUCAUCAGAUGAAUUGUUUCCAUAUCUGGCUGGCUUAAGUAAUAUAAACAGACUGACAAAUAUAUUUGAUAACCACAGAUUGUCCAGAUCCCUUUCUGUGGAGGCAUCGAGUGUGAGGACUGGAUCAAGAAGACCACUGCCAAGUAAGUCUCACUCAAGUAUCACUCAAUGACAGGGAUGCAUGCUAACAUACAAUGAGUAUACCAACCCCCCCCCCUCCCAGCGAUGCUGGCCCAUGUUGACUCCAAUGCUUCCCACGGUUGUCAAGUUGGCUGGAUGUCCUUUGGGUGGUGGGCAAUUCUUGAUACACACAGGAAACUGUUGAAUGUAAAAAAAACAGCAGCGUUGUAGUUCUUGACACAAACCGGUUCGCCUUGCACCUACUACCAUACCCCGUUCAAAGGCACUUAAAUAUUUUGUCUUGCCCAUUCACCCUCUAAAUGGCACAUAUACACAAUCAAUGUCUGAAGGCUUAAAAAUCCACCUGGAUUCACCUUGUUCUUGAUGUUUCGUUCACUCAGUGUACAUUCUUAUGAUUAGUCGUGCAGUGCUUAUAAUCACAUCAAAAUGCAUUAUCUGCUCUAAGUGAAGUGUUACCAAAUGUAUAAUGAAGUUCAUAAAAUCGGUCACCUCCACCUCGCUCUCUCUCUCUGCCUCUCCAGGGACCAGGAUCUGGAGCCCGGUGCCCCCUCCAUGGGUGCCAAGAGCCUGUGUAUCCCCUUCAAGCCCCUCAAGCCCCUGCAGCCGGGUCAGAUGUGUGUCAGCGGCAAGGAGGCCGCCCAGUAUUACACCCUGUUUGGCCGCAGCUACUAAAUACACAAAUGAAGGGUGGAUCUCAAUAGUCUUAAGUGGCUUCCUCUCCUCGAACUGGGAUAUGAGAAAGAAGCAGACAGGUGAAAGAAAAUACUUGUGAACAAAGAUUUGUUUUCACCUAUCCUGUGAUUUUCGAAUAAGCAGAGAUGGAGGAGAAGAAACAAGGAGAGGAAGUCAAUUUAGACUAUUGAGAUUUACCCAGAGUGAACACUUUGUAGUGUCUUCCUUUUGACCCUAACCUUGCAAUGGUGGCCCAGCUCCUCAAGAGUGACAAGACACUCUCCAUAGUCAGCUAUUUUCUCCCACUACACCCAAAUGUAACAAAAAAGCCCUUUUCUUUUUAUACCACAUGACACAAUCUUUAUAUGUUUGUCCCUUUCUUCCUCCCACCCUGACUUAUCUCAGGACCUUUUACAGGUAGAAAGAUGACCUGGUACUCAGGCAAGACGUUUCAGUAUCUACCCACUAACUGA